AUGAGGUCUUCCAAGAAGCGCAAGAUCUGUGAUUUCGCUGGGUUCGAGGCAGCUUUCAAGAUGGAGCCCGAGCCGCCAAUCCUCUACAAGGAGACUCGCGUCAGUCUGGAGCCUGCCUCCAACGCGUCCAUCGUCCACAUCAGGCUUCCUGCGCCCACAAGGUCAAGAGAUCGCCGGUCUCUUGGGCUCGACAAGUAUGGCGAGGAGGAGAGGGCAUACCGCUCAAAGAACCUCGCAAGCGCCGCUUCCAUAUACCACAGGAAGCACCACGACUCGCCCCGUAGCUUCCUCUGGCGCGUCCUGGAGGACGAUACCGUCCUGAGCAUCCGCGCCGCCGACGUCUCGAAGCAACAGAGCGCGCCCGACGCACACCUCAUCUUGCACCUGCGCUUUCCCAACCCCAUACGAGCUUCAUGCAUUGCCCUUGCCGACGCCCCCGAACACGAUGCCCUCAAUAUCUUCGCCCUAGAUCACAGCAACCAUCUCUACAGCAUAACCCUGCGGCCCGAUCACUUCCGAAAACGCUCUGCGACUGAGAACGGCAUUGGCGACGCCUGCAAGACACACCUGGCCGGUACAUUCAGCUUCAAGAGUCCUCACCGGCUGGCUGCUGUCAGCGCGCACCAGGUGGUCGUCACCUUCCAUGAUGGCGGCCUGAUCAGCCUGCUCCCCUUGCCCUUCCAGGGCGGCCACACCAUCAAGCACGGCAAGGCCAACAUGGAACUGAGUGCCGCCACGUCCGUGGUGACCGACAGCUUGGGUGUCGAUUACGCCCAAUUCCUGUUCUCGGUCUGUCUCGAUCACCGUUUGCGCAUCUGGAACGUCCGCUCAGGCGCCAUUCUGUACACGGCGGACAUGCUGGGCGUGGAGCGCAACCCACAAGAUAUUGGAAAGUGGAUCAUCGAUCCCGGAUACAACAAUUUAAUCCGGAUCGUUGGGCACGCUGAAGGCCGGCGGACCUUGGUGACUUAUUCUCCGGUUGCCAAUGAGUUCAAGUUCUGGAAGGUCGAGACCCAGGAUGAUUCGACAAUUUUUGUCCAUGACAUGUUCCCAGACCAGCAACUUACGCCCCCAGGCCUCUCGUCAGGGGAUGUGUGGACGCUGGCGGACUUCGGCGUGGCACAACCUACCGGCACGGCCCUCCACCUUUGGAUACUGACCAAGAAUAACCUUACUUACCGAGUCCAGAAACUCCAGUUUCGUGCCUCCGAUUCCGAAGACGACUGGAGGUCUGGAUGGGAGUCUGUCUACAUUGACAAUGAGCAACCUACUGCCGAGUCCUCGAACCCCGGCGAUCCUACCGACGCCACAGAAAAGUGGCUCCAGACCUUGUUCUACCCCGGACGAUUUUCAAAGGCUACGCUCGAGGCUGCCCUGGCCAUGUAUGAGCGAGGGCUGGGCUCCAAGGAAGCCACUUCGAGGAACGGGAAGGGCCUCGUUGAGGCGGUUUGCUCCGUAUUGGGUUCAACAGCGGCUCUUGACAGACUUGCAAGCGGCGAGAUGGACUUUGAUCAGUUCCGAUCCCACAGUCAGGUCUCAUGGCGUCGAUUCUAUCGUCUAGUCUUGGAACUAGAUAAGCAGCGGGGCGAGGCACUCUCGCUGGCCCUGGAUCACAACUCAGGCUUGGCCUGGGUGCUGUGUGCCGACCUGGUCGCCGCUGUUCACCCCUGCUCAACUCUGGACCAGAUCUACCACAAGUCUGCGGGCACCAUCGACAUAGAUAAUGAGAACGUGGCGGCGUUGGUUUCUGCUGGGCUGGACCUGAUCGAUAACUUCUCGGACAGCAUCAUGCAGCAAGCCAAUGCCGCUCUGCGGGUGGAGUUGUUUGAGGAAUCAGCAGACACGGACAUGGAGAGAAUACAACGCUUUUUCGACGAAUCAGCGUCAUGGCGAGGGAUCUCCGAAGAGGAUGCGGCCCAAGUUGUUGAGAGUCUAGGGAGCGACUUCAGGAUCGUUACACAGGAGCUUUACCGACAACUUAUCGAGCUGUUCGCAACAGCCGAAGAAACUCGCGCACGAGACGUGCGACAUCCACUCACAGAGUUCGGCAGGAAGGUCGUCGUCAAGUCGGUACAAGAGACGGCAGAUCUGCAGUGGCAGGUUCUGCUAAGCCAGCUGCUUCUCCUGGUCCAUAUGGAGUAUGAGUACGACGAAGACCACGAGGAGAGCGCCCUCCACUCCAGACUGGAUAUUGGCUAUGUCUACCGCCAGCUUAUCGAAGCCCUAAAACAUCUCGAGUUCCUCAGGUGGCUAGUCAAGACAGAGAUCAGUGUGCCUGCUCUGAAACCCGAACGGUCUAAUGGAUCACCAACAACUACGAAACGGCCAGACGAUAUGCGGACAAUCACUGCUUUCGAGGUGAUUAUUAGCCACCUGCUCGGGCUCGUGGAUGUCGAUGGUGAGCCUUUGGCAUCGAGCCUGACGGAUGUAGUGAUCGACAUCUGCGCGCCUGACAGUGGCAUUGAGCUUUCGCCAGAGCUUAUACAAUGCUCCCUGUUGAAGGCAGACCGGCCAGAUCUGGCGCUGGAACUCACGAGGUUUUGUGGUCAAGACCCAUUCCCAGUCUACAUCCAGGGCCGCGUCUUCCUGUCACUCAAGGACUACACCGCGGCUGCACUCCACUUCAAGAAAGCUGCGGUUGGAAUGAGUGUCCCGAUGAAACAUACGGAACGACACACCGGUGGGCUCCUAGACGAGACAGAGAAGAACCUUCUGAACAGCGGCCUCGCCAACUACUACUCCCACAUAGUCUCGUUAUAUGACCGGCACAAGGCCUUUUCCUAUGUCAUUGACUUCGCUCGACUCUCCCUACAAUUCGCUCAGGCCCCAGAUGCCAAAGUGACGAGGGUAGAAAUGCUCAGCCGCCUCUUCACCGCCUCGACAUCCAUCUCACGGUUUGAGAUGGCCCACGCGACCCUUCUGUCCAUGCCUGACCGCGCCCUGAAGCUGUCAUGCCUGAAGAAACUCGUGGAGCGGAUGUGCGAGACGGCCCAGACGUCGGAGCUGACGGCGCUGCCGUUCUCGGGCAUGCAGGAAGAGGUCGACUCGAUACUGCAGCAGAAAUGCAGGAACACGACGGAUGUGAUCCGCGGGACGCCAUACCACCAGAUCCUGUACGCGUGGCGCAUCACGCACAAUGAUUACCGCGGCGCGGCGGCUGUGCUCCACGACCGGCUGCAGAAGCUGCGCCAGGCUGGCGAGGGCGACAGCCUCAACGGCGACGACGUGCUCGACACGGCCGUGACGAGGCAGUUCCUGUUGCUGAUCAACGCGCUGAGCUGUGUCGACCCCAAGCAGGCCUGGAUCACCGUCGAGGAGGCGCCGUCGGCUAAUGGCGGCGCGCAGGGUGCCGGGGCCGACCACGAAGGAGUCGCCGCCGCCAAGCCGAGGAGAAAGGUGGUCACGCUGGCGGACCUCAGGAGGCAGUACCAGGCGGAGCUGGACCGGAUCGCGGCGAUACAGAACAACCAGUUUGGGUUCACGGCGGAUGAUGGCGACGAUGAUGUGAUGGUCAUUGACCAGUGA